AUGGGGCUUCUGAUCACCCUUAGGGGCCUGAGGGAGGUUCAGGUCUUACCUGGAGAAGAAUCAGGAGAGGAAGCAGGAAGGUUCAUCACCAACUGCUCCGACGCUCUGCGCAGCGGUGCUAAAACGACGCUCGGUUCCAAACGCGCGGCUCCCGCAGGCACCAUCAGAACCUGUCAGAAGUUUCUCAUCCAGUAUAACAGAAGGCAGGUGCUGCUGCUGCUGCAGAAGUGUACGAGUGAAGAGGAGAGGUGCAGCGUGCGGCAGGCGGUGCUGAGCUGCUCGCUCACAGAAGAGCAGGCGCAGAGCGGGGAGGAGGAGGAGGAGGAUGGCACAGAGACAGACUGAGCAGCACUCGUUCACCUUUGUUCUGGACCUGGGUAUCAAAGCGAUACCAAGUAUCUUCCUGUGUUAAGUAAAGCAAGUAAUGGUUCUUUUCCUGUCUCUACUUAGAUUUCAUUUUUCCCUUCCAAGUGUUCUUAAAUAAAAUGCAUUCAAAAAAACACAAAAGAUUA